AUGAUAUAUGAUGAUGAUGAUGGUGGUGGUGGAAUUGCACUUGAUUGCCCAUGUUUCAAUGAUAAAGGGUUUGGGCCUGUCCCAAGCUCAUGGAAGGGUAAAUGUGUCACAUCAGCUAAUUUCACACACUGCAACAACAAGGUGAUAGGAGCAAAAUUCUUCCACUUAGAACAAAACGAUUUUAUGGACACAAAUCUUAGCCCUAUGGACGAAGAAGGCCACGGCACACACACGGCGUCCAUAGCCGCGGGUGCGCUCGUUCGGAGAGCCAGUCUUUAUGGCAUCGGCCGCGGGACAUCCCGCGGCGGGUCUCCGAACGCGCGCAUAGCGGUGUACAAAGUGUGUUGGAAUAGCGGAUGCAGUGACAUGGACUUGUUGGCAGCGUUUGAUGAUGCAAUUGCUGAUGGUGUGAACUUCAUAUCUGUGUCUCUUGGAGGGAAUCCAAGGGAGUUCUUCAGUGAUCCAGUGGCCAUUGGAUCAUUUCAUGCAAUGAAAAGAGGGAUCUUAACAACAUGUUCAGCUGGGAAUGAUGGUCCUUAUGCUGAAACCGUUCAGAAUGUUGCUCCAUGGAUUUUAACUGUGGCUGCUUCUUCUAGUGGUAGACAGUUUAUAACACCCAUAUCCCUUGGUAAUGGCAAAAAAGUUACGGGAGUAUCUAUAAACACCUUCUCCCCUAAGAAAAAAAUGUAUCCAUUGAUUAGUGGAGACCUAGCCAUUAAUGCUUCAGGGGAUAGCUAUGGCAAUGCCAGUGCUUGUGAUUAUGGGACUCUAAGCAAAGACAAAGUGAAGGGAAAGAUUGUGUACUGCCUUGGAGACACUGGAAAUCAGGACUUAACCAUAAAACAAUUAGAGGGAGCUGGUCUUAUUUCUGCUUCUGCUGUUAAAGCAGACUAUUCCCCAGUCACAAUUAUUCCUAGUUCCACUGUUGAUGCCUACACUCUGGGAAAUAACAUUUCUCUCUACAUCAAUUCCACCAAGAAUCCUAAAGCUGUUAUAUACAAAACCACAAGCAAAACAGGCCAAGUUCCAUAUAUUGCUUCUUUCUCAUCUAGAGGACCUGAAUUAAUCACCUCCAAAAUCCUCAAGCCUGAUUUGGCUGCUCCAGGAGUUGACAUUCUAGGUGGUUAUUCAAAGUUGGAAACCAUAACAACUUACCCUGAACCUGAGGACAACCGUUUUCAAUCCUUUAAUAUACUGUCAGGAACUUCUAUGGCUUGUCCUCAUGCCGCCGGCGCCGCCGCCUAUGUGAAAUCAUUCCACCGUGAAUGGACUCCAGCUGCAGUCAAGUCUGCUCUCAUGACCACCGCUAUUCCCAUGAAAGACUUUGCAGCUGAGUUAGGAACUGGUUCAGGAAGAAUCAACCCUAUAAGAGCAUUGGACCCAGGCUUAAUCUAUGACAUUAAUUUGGACUCUUACAUUGCAUUCUUAUGCAAUGAAGGUUACAAUAGCACAAGCAUUGGUAUACUAGUUGGAAGCAAAGGCUUUAAUUGUUCCACCAUUAAUAAACCGACACAAGGAAAUGAUGGAAUCAAUUACCCUUCAAUGCAUAUUCAGGUUCCUUCCAAUUCUACCAUCUCAGCAACAUUUUAUAGGACUGUGACUAAUGUUGGAACUGGAAACUCAACUUAUAAGGCUAACAUUACAGCACCAAAGGAUCUUUCAGUUAAGGUUGAACCAAGUAUAUUGCAAUUUAGUAAGAUAAAACAAGAGUUGUCCUUUAAGGUUGUCAUAAAGGGUCCUCAAUUUCCAAAAGGGAUAAAGGUAUUAUCAGCAUCACUUGAAUGGAAUGAUUCUAAACACAAUGUUAGAAGCCCUAUACUUAUCUAUAAACAAGGAAAUGUGUACUGAAUUCCAUGUACUGGACUAAUUUUUUGUUAGCUUAGGAAUUAAUUUUGAUUAGGAGUUCUUUUAUUAUCUUUUACUUUUUCUCUUAAUUCUAAGUUUAGGAGUAUUUGAUUUUCAUUCUCAUUUUAUGUACAUUGGAAUGAAAAGAUAUUUGGCUACAUGGAUUGUCCAUUUCACUCAAUUUU